AAAAUAUUUUUGAUGAAUGAGGAAACCAUGGAUGCUUGUCGUAUUUUAAUGUGCAGACCGACAUACUUUAAGGUUUCGUACUCUAUUAAUCCAUGGAUGGAAAUGAAGGAUCCUGUCGAUACGAAAAAAGCCAUGGAACAAUGGAAUGCACUUAAGAGUACUAUAGAAAAAUGUGGUGCUACUGUCGAAGUCAUGGACGCUAAGGACUUACCAGAUCUCGUGUUCACUGCCAAUGCAGCCGUAGUCAGAGGCAAGCAAGUGUAUCUGGCAAACUUCGCCCUCCAAGAGCGAAAAGCAGAAUGGAAAAUCAACGAUGAAUGGUUCCGGCAAAACGGAUUCAACACUUUCUUCAACGCAACUAUACCUCAUGAAGGUACUGGAGAUGCUCUAUGGUGUUGCAACGGUACGGUGCUGGUCGCAGCAGUUGGUCCAAGAUCGGACGUUCGUGCCUUGCCGGAUAUCCAACAAAAACUGCAAACUAACGGCGAUACUUUCAAAAUUUUAGCCGUUCGACUUGUUGAUGACAGAUUCUACCAUCUUGAUACAGCAUUUUGUCCACUGAAUGACAAACUUGCAUUAUGGUUUCCGCAAGCGUUCGAUCCAGUCUCUCAGCAUAAUAUGAGCAAUUACUUCCAAUUGUUACCGGUUUCUGAGAGUGAAGCGAAGCGAUUUGCCUGCAAUGCUGUUGUCAUCGGCAAUCAUGUGAUAAUGAACGAAGGAUGUGAAAGGAUCGCUCAGCUUCUCGAUCGUCAUGGCUUCAAGGUACAUUUCGUUCCGAUGUCAGAAUUUCUCAAGUCCGGUGGAUCAGCGAAAUGUUUAACACUACGAUUGAAUCCAUAA